CUGUUAAUUGCAUAAACAAUUAAUGCAUAAAAAUGCAAUAAUACAUCCACGAAGUGCUAUAUGUGCAUACUGAGGGAUUAUCACGAGAGAGCUAAUAAAUUAUAUUAAGGUAAAAUAAAAUGAGAGACCUUGAAAUAGGUUGUAAAAGUUACUUAACACAGAUUAUUGGGCAAAACAUGUGCACUGUUGUUGAGCCGCAACAUGAAUGUUGUAAUAAUAUGGAUGGGUAAAAUAAAUAGCCCAUAACCAAAAUUAGGUCACUAUAUGAAAUAGUAAUAUAAACACGUGGGCGGAAGUUAGCGACGUCAUCAAAACAGUGAGACAGGAGGAGGAAAAGCAGCCCGUCGGUGGAUGUGACACGCUUACAAAUACAUAGACAACAACCCAGCGAGCAGCAGGAAACCAUGAUCCAGCUCUAGCAGCGCGUGUAGCCUGCUCGAUUCAACCGGACGUCGGACUUUCUCGGUUAUCCCCCCCCGUGUCCUCGGAGACAGCAGCAGCAGCAGCAGCAGCGCCAUGGUGGAGCAGUCGGAUCGAGCCCCGCUGCUGGACUGGGAGGAGAUCCCGCCACCCGAUCCGAACCGGGCGGGCCCGCCGCCUCGGGAGGGAGACGCUCCGGCCGAGAAAAGUUCGCAGCCAGCCGGGCGGCGCACACAGACAGGCACUGCGGCGGGCACUGGGUGGAGCAGCGGCGACAGCAGCGCGGCCGCCGCCGCCGCCGCCGCUACCAUCACCUGCAGCCAGUCUAGGAGUGUGACAGCUGUUGCUGCCAGCGAGGACGAAAGCCCUGGCCGUCCGCGAACGGAUCUCCGCAGGCACGGGUGGAAUUGCGCGGAGCCCCUCGGUACGGAUCGUAAUGUUCCCUUCCCCGGCCUCUCGGUGCGGGAUCAGUGGGAGGAAAAAGACCAGAUCGUGGCUGUGUUUGUGGUUACCUUCGAUACGAGAUCAGGGAAUAUGGUAGAGUGGUGCCUGCCUCACGACAUCAACCUGGAUGGAGUUGAAUUCAAGUCGAUGGCCAGCGGCUCCCACCGGAUCACCAGUGACUUUAUAUAUUUCCGUAAAGGCUGUUACUUCGGGCUGGCCUGUUUCGCCAACAUGCCUGUGGAGAGUGAGCUGGAGCGAGGAGCGAGGAUGAAGUCUGUGGGCAUUCUGUCUCCCUCCUACACUCUGCUCUACCGCUACAUGCACUUCCUGGAGAACCAAGUCAGACACCAGUUGCAGUGUCCAGGCCAGUAUUCUCCACUGGAGGCCUUCUAUGAGGACAAGAAAGCCAUCCUUCCACCUACAGGAAAUGGCCUGGUCGCCACUUGUCCAACCUGGAGCGUUACCACCAUCAACCGCUGCAUGCACCCGGAAAUGAAGAUCACCCACCCAGCCGGCUGCAUGUCUCAGUUCAUCCACUUUUUCGGGGAGCAGAUAAUGGUGCUGUGGAAGCUUGCCCUGCUUAGGAAACGUCUCCUUAUCUUCUCCCCUCCACCUGUUGGUGUGGUCUGCUACAGGGUGUAUUGCUGUUGCUGCCUGGCCAAUAUGUCUCUGCCUGGAAUCGGUGUCUCUGUGCCCGAGUUACGGCCUUUCUUCUACAUCAACAUAGCCGACAUCACUGCCCUGGAAACCGAGAUGUCAUAUGUGGCCUGUACUACGGAGAAGAUUUUUGAGGAGAAGAAAGACCUAUAUGACGUCUACAUUGAUAACCAGAAUGUGAAAACGCACAGAAGCCAUUUGCAGCCGCUGCUCAGGCUGAAUGCAGCAGAUAAGGAGAAGUACCGGAAACUGACUGAACAGAGGCAAAUGUUGCAGUACUCUCAGGAGGUGGAUGGAGACUGCACGUCAAAUGAAGAGGAUCUUUUCAUUCUGUUCUUCAUGGAGCUGAAUAACCGCAUAUUCCAGACCCUGUCAGAGGUAGCAGGGAGCACUGAUCCCACCCUAACCACUGAGCAUGUGAGAGCCAUGGGGCUGGAUCCCCAGGGUGAUCGCUCCUUCCUGGUCAACCUGCUGGAGGUAUACGGUAUCGACGUCACCCUGGUCAUAGACAAUCUCUGUUGCCCCUGA